AUUAUUUGAUCAUCAAGCUCAAUUAUAUUUAUCAUCAUUAGUUUAAGAAGAUAAUAUUCAUCAUUUAAUUGGAAUCACUCUUAACGUUGAGUGAAAAUUACCAAAAUUUUAAGUUAAUAUAUAAUGAUAGAUAAACAAAAAGAUAUUUUACCAAAUGAUAAGCAAAAAUAAUUGAGGGGGGAAACAGUGUGGCGGCUGGCGAGGGCUAGAGAAAGGAGUCGCAGUUUGUUCCUUCCCGGUUCCCACUACACCAGUCUUUGCCCUUCCUUUUCUCUCUUUCCCUCCCGUAUACUAUAACAAUUGACAAACCCCUUUUUUUUUCCUGAGAAGCUUCGUUCAGUCGAACUCUUUUCUCACUCUCGCCGUCUUCACUCGCUCUCCCGGAAAAUCUCCGUUAAGCUUCCACCUUUCCUCCCUUCUUCUACCUUGGGCUUCCCUCCCGGUUGCUGCUUGAGCGGACAUGGCUGGGCGUCUCUGAGAUUAUCCGAGUGAGUGCUCGCCCUCUUUACUUCCUCUCAAUCUCUAGCUCCUUGCCCUUUGUGGGUAUACUAUGAAUCUCUUGACUGUCUAGCGCGAAUUUGAUUUUGAAUCUUAUAGGGAGAACUGUUUGAACUUUUGAAAGGUAGCGGCUUUUAGGGUUUUGGUUUGUUGUUCUUUCUAGUUAUCUUGCUGCUGUGUUCGGAUGUGUGGGGGGUAGAAUGUGAGUGUGGUAAUUGGGGGGUUUUUUUUUUUUUUGGGUGUUGGUGAAGGAGCUUUGCUUUCGCGCUUUAGUUUUGGAUAUGAGAAAACCCUCGUGUAGUUCAGUGGCCUUAGUGAGUUGAAUUAGUUAGUGAUUGCUGAAAGUCUCAGCUUUUAGCUUUAGAAACUUAGCUUCCACUCUUUUCUCACUGGUUUAAGUUCUGAAUUCGUUAGUGAUUGCUGACAGGCUCACUGGUUUUAGUGAGAUGAAUUGGUUAGUGGGUUAAAAUUUGGAAAAAAGGAUCAUGUGGCUCAGUAGUUUUAAGGACUUGAACUGGUUAGUGAUUGUUGAAAGGUUCAAAAUCCGAGUAUUUUUCCGGCUAUUUCCUCACUGUAUGUGUUCUUGUUCUGAAUUUUGGCGAGCCACACAAUUUCGGGUUGGGAUGUGUAUAGGUCUCUUGCUGUGGCUGAUUCUUUCUAUAAACCACUAAUUGCUAUUUUUUAGCUGCAAAAUUCUAGGAUCCUUACUUUCCAUGUUAUAUUUGCUUGCUCAUUGAUCUGUGUAAUCACAUUGUUGAUUGAAUUUCAGCAUGAAGCUUCUAUGGUUUUAUUGCAUUAAAUCAAUUGAAAACUAUCUCGAGCUUCUUGAAUAAGUUUUAAAAAUGACUGCGAUGGGACCCUCAUUACAUUUCCUGAGUAGAUACUGGCCUAGGGUAGAUAGUCUUGUAGGAAGUUUAGAUAAAUGUUUGCCCCCCAAGAAAGUUUUCCUUGGUGCUAAUACGAGAUAUAAUUUCUAUGCAGUAAUUUCACGAGGUCUAUGCAUGGAAGGGGUUCGAAGUUUGCUUAAGUUACUGAUGCGAAUAAAACUUUGCCAUGCCACUCAAUCCAUGUACCAGUGCAACAUUUUGCUGCAAAUAAGUGGAUCGUUGGCAGUUUAAAUAGGGUGGAUAGCACAACAAAUGUUUUUGGGGAUAGCUAUGAAAAUCUUCUAGGAAUUGGCUAAGGAAUCACUCCGUGAAACAAAUCUCCGCAAUUCUUUGAUGCUCAAUGCUCUAAGAAGGCUGGAGAAGGAUUGAAGUCAUGCACCUUUUUCCAUAGGAAGCAACGGGGCUGUAGUUUUACUCAUUGUGCAGAAGCUAGCAUUCCCAUUGGCUGGAAGAAUGUUGUGAAACUAAAUUCUGUGUAGCUAUAGCAUCUAUGUUCGUUAGAGGAAUUCUUGUAAGAGCUCAUUACAUGGAGCUGGCAUUUGCCAAGAAUGUAGCCAUUUAUAUUCGUUUUUAAAGAUUCUGAUAAUCAAUAAAUGGAGAGUUUUUUUUUGGAAGCUUGGUAAUAAUUGUUUUACUCAAUGUUGUAUACUCCCUAGGAGCGAAACAUACACUGCAUAGGAUCUUUAAUGCGAGACUGAAUGUAUUGUGCACAACAUGAUUAUUCAGAUGCCUGAGUACCUGUUGACUCUCUUUUUCCAUGCUAAUGAAGUUUGCGAGAAACUUUUUCUUUAACCAACAGAGAUUUUUUCUUUGGUGUACUGCUAUUGCUUGUUCUUUUUGCUGUUUGUAGAUCUUAUUGUUCCAGUAGUUUGUGCGUUGAAACAGUGAUGAUGUAGAAUUUUUCUCCAUUUCAGUGUACUUGAGAAAACUUGUUUUGAAAUUAUUGGAUAAUUGCAUAUCAUAUUUCAAUGAACUUUUCUUGGCAUUUAAACUCUCCACCUCUUCUCUGUGCUUGUAAUAUUAUUGCCGAUGGUUUAGCAAUUGCGUGCACUUAUUGAUAUCAAAGAUGCUAUUAUGAGACAUGUACUUAAUGUAUUUUUGGGAAGCAGACUUCCUGGUCUCUAUGUCUCAUUGGUAUCCAUGUGUUCUAAAUGGUAUUCUGGUAAAUGUAAAUGUGUCAUGAAGAUUUUAUGAAUAUGUUUCAUUCUUAUCAUACAGGCUGUGUGCAGCAUUCAAUGAGAGAAGGAAUUGCUUAUCACAAAAUGAGCGGUGGCAGUGGUGGUCGAAAGCGCAGCUCUAAGUGGGAUUUGAAAGAAGAGUCUCGAACUUCCAUCGAAAAUAAGCACAGUGACAAUUCUUGGUCUGGGAAAGCAGCUGGUACAACUUAUCACGAGACUGAUGGUAGUAACCGAAGCAGGUGGUCGACUGUGGAACCUAGAAGAAGCUCACAUGGAGAAGAUCUGGUUGAUGAUGAAUUUGGAAGAUCUUCCAAAACGAUGGGGGCACGGGAAAGAGAUGAAGGUUACGGGUCAAGUCGUCGCCACUCUCCUAAUAAAGAAUGGAAAAGACCAAGAAGAAGUAGAAGCCGUAGCAGGAGUCCGAUUCGGCGCGAGUCGGGGACUACUGACCGAGGUAGAAGCCGAUCAAGUCAAUCAUCUCAGAUAUGCAAGGAAUUUUCUGCUGGGAAAUGCAGGAGAGGCAGCCACUGUCACUUUCUUCACGAAGGUGGUGAGAGUUAUGAAGAUAGCUAUGAUGGACGGAGGAAAGCUCUACCGUCGAGAUAUUCUAAUGAUCCCGAGGAUUACCCUAGUGGUAGUAGUGGACAAAGUUCUGGAGGCUUGUGCAGUGAUUUUCUCAAGGGAUACUGCAGAAGAGGAGCAUCCUGCAGGUUGUCCCAUCCCGAUCCCUCUGCUAAAGGGCCCACCACCAAUGAGUUGAUUCGGGAGAGGGAUAAUAUUGACAGAAGGACCCACCGUGGCAGUUCUCCUCUAGAUAGACAUGAUGAGCAGCAGAGUCGUGGUAGAGCUACGGAGACACCUUGCAGAUACUUUGCUGCUGGUAAUUGUAGGAAAGGAAGGAAUUGCUGGUUCUCUCAUCAGGGUCAACAGGUUAAUUCGAGUCCUGAGAAUAGGAGACCGAGGAAUGAGAGGCGGUUGAUGGAACCAAUUGUGGACGAUAAUCAGGACAAAAGGUGGGAUGGCUUAAAAUGGAGCGACGUGGAUAAUUAUUCAAAGUCAAGCAGGGAUGUGGAGAAACCAUGGAAUGGUGAAAAAUAUAGCAAUCGGGUUAAUCCUUCAGAUGCUGCAAAGCCUAGUGAUGCCGGAACAACAGUCAAACCGUGGUCUUUGAAUAAUCCACAUGGUCGAAGUUUGGAUGGUCGAACCGCAAGAGAUCAUCACCAGUCACCAGCUAAUAUCGUCGAGGGUGGCAGAAAUGAAACCCUCAUGGUGAAAGGGGGAAAUGCCAGUGAUAACCGUCACUUUCCUGAACAAAGUAUGAAUAAUGAUUGGGCAGGUAAUAUGGAGAUGUCUCCUGAAUGGAACUAUGGACCUUCUAACCAUAUAGAUAAGGGGCCACCACCACCCAGCACAGAGAUCUCAGCGGCCAUCCAGCCAUUGAGACACGAUACGUCUUCCAUUCAGCAUAACUACUACUCAAGGGAUACGAAUGGUGCACCUAGAGAAGUCAAUGGCCCUCAUACCAACAGUUCUGGAAGCAUCUUGGGUGCACCAAGCUUAAAUCCUAAUAAUGGUCUGAGUAUGAAUAAUUUACCGGCUCUUCUUCCAAGCAUGAACUCAGUUGAGCACACCCGAGUAGGGACCGCGAUAAACCCUAUGAGCCCGACAGUUAUGAAUAUAGGAGGACAAGGCAUCAACAACAUGCAAGCUAUGGGUGACAGAAGUGCCUCAGCUGUCAAUUCAAGCUUAAACCCUAAUGGUCCGAGUGUGAAUGCUUUGCCCCCGCUUCUUCCAAGUAUGAACACAGUUGAGCAAAGCCGAUUGGGGAGCACUCAGAUGAACCCUAUGAGCCCGACACUGUUGAAUAUUGGAGGACAAGGCAUCAACAGCUUGGAAGCUAUGGGCAACAGAAGCGGGCUGGCUGUCAAUUCGAGCAUUCCUCGGACUCAGAACAUGGUCAGUGAUGGUCGGGUUGCUGAGCUCACCAACUCGAUUGCGAUGUUUCUUGCUCCACAGCUUUUUGCGGCUCCUAGCUCUAAUCAAGUUAGUGUUGUGGCUCAGAUUGCAAAUCCCGAGCUCUCUGCUAGACUAGAUCAAGCCGUUGUACCGCAGAAGCAAUAUGACCCUAUAAGUGACAGCAUUGAACCUGAGAAUCAAGGUGUCGGCAGUAGUGCUAAUGAUAAUAAAGAGAAGAGCACUGGAGAUGAUGAAGAAGCUCAAAUGGCUGCCCCGAAUGGUAGCCGAGAAGAAGCACCUAAUUUGAAACCUGGUGCAGACUCUGAAGUUGUGAAGGAAAGUAGUGGCAAGAAGGCUGCCAAGGGUGCCAGCAAAGUUAAGGAGAGUAAACCGGAAGAAGACGACGACGACAUUGAUGGAGAUGGUAAAGGCGACGAGGGAAAGAAAAACAAAGAACCCAAGGGGAUUCGAGCAUUCAAGUUUGCACUUGUGGAGUUUGUGAAGGAAGCUUUGAAGCCCUCAUGGAAGGAAGGGCAAGUGACCAAAGAUUCUUACAAAAACAUAGUGAAGAAAGUGGUGGAGAAAGUGAGUGGUACAGUGCAGGCUAGCAGCAUACCCCAGACACCAGAAAAGAUCGAACUUUAUCUGUCGUCUUCAAAGCCAAAGUUGACCAAACUUGUACAGGCUUACGUAGAAAAGUUCCAGAAGGGUAAAUGAAAAACGGGGACGAAUCCCUGAGGAUGUUUGUUUCCAUCAAUCUUUAGCUGGCCAUUUGUGACAUAGCAGAGGAUGAUAUAAUCUUAUGGAGAUGUUUGUGAAUCUAUUGCCUUAAUUUUCUCAACUAAUUUGGGCUUUAGCUUUAAUUUGCUUCUUUUUAUUCUUCUAUUUUAUCAACUCUUAGGAACGAUGGCAAGUAGAGUCAGUCAAGUAAAACAGUUUUUCAUGUUGCAAGCUCCUGCUGUGCCUGUGCUUCUUCUGUUUGGUUAAGAUGGAAAAUUGAUGAAUCUCUUAAUGCCUUAGGCCGUGGUGAGGUUCUUCUUUUUCUGGGUGUAUGUUUUUCUGCAGAUUGGAUGGAUUUCAUUGUUAAGAUUUUAGAUGGAAUGGAUUUACUGAGAGUGCUUCUUCGUGUAUAAAAAGUUUGAUAAUUUGAAGUCAUUUGUUCAUGGAGACUGCUUCUUGAAAAUGCAGCACAGCUAAAAAUUCAAUAGUUUCCGUGAGACAUGGGUAGGUCCGUUCAUGGAGAUUGCUUCUUGACAUAGUGGUAAUGUAUUUGAAUUUUCACGGCCCCUAAUAUUAACAAUUGAUUAAAACACAAAGUAUGGUAGGUUCAUGCAAAUUUCAAGCCAGUGAGUUGAAUUUCGUUUAGAAACAUGUAAAUAUGAGUUAUAAGAUACAUAAUUCAUAUUCUUCUAUCAACUCAGAUUUAAUGAGACCUACUGACUUGUUACCCUUAUAAACUAAUUAAAUUGACGUAAACAUAGAUCGUGUAUUCCCCUCAAUAUUCAUGGUGGAAUUGGCGACCGCAGACCUUUUUACUGCGAUUAGGUUGUUGAAAAACAAAAGGAAUAGAGCCAUUAUAGGAAAUGCAUUUGAUGGUACAAUCUUUCUCAAUGCAUUUCCUUUUCUUUCGUUUGUUUGUUUUUUACCGUGCCACAUUUGGUCACCGAGAUCACUAAAUUAUGUCGUGUUUAGUCACUAGAAAAAAAUUAAUAUUUAAUGUGACCAACGAAGUUGAACAGAGCCAAUGUAGCAUUUACCCGUCAACGGAGUUGGACAGAGGCUAACGGAGAGUGACUAAAUGUUACAUGUUUCAGUAAUCCGAGUGACAUUCAUAAAAAAAAAAAAGUAAUUCGAGUGACUGGUGUUGGACGGAGGCUAACGGGAGAAUGACUAAAUGUGACAUGUUUUAGUAACUCGAGUGAUGAAAAUUGAUAUUAAUUUUUCCAAGUGACUAAACAUAACACGAUUUAGUAAUUCUAAUGACCAAAUAUAGCAUUUACCCGUUUUUUUACCUCUCCAUCUCCCCCUCAAAGGCGGGAAAAUGGAGGAAGAAGAGAAAGGGCAAAAGGUGGGGGAAUGAAUGAUUACCUCCUGUGCAUGCGCAACCAUAUAAAUGAUAGAAUUUGCAGUUUGUGGAAACAUCUGGUUUUGGUAGCAAGAAAGUGAACAGCUAGCUAGCCAGCAUUCCAUUUUCUCACGAACAAAGUAAACAUAGGAAGCCCUCUAUGCAUAUGUUCCCACCAUCAGAUGUUACUUUCGUGCUAAGUUGUGUAAGGCCAUGAUGAUUUGGCCAAAUGCAGAGGGGCUAUGUGUGAUACUUCAAACAUUUGUAAUGAGUGUGUGAAUAUGUGUGCUAGGAAAAUUCUGCAAGUUCAUGAGCGUGGCCGCGGAUAAUUCAAGCUUACGAUCUUAUUGGUGGCCAAAAACAAGGUCUUUUUUUUUUAUAGAAACGGAAGGAUGCGGAAAAAAAAUAUAUGGAAGAGCACGACUUGCCAGCUCAAUGUAUCCUUACCACCUGGGUGGCACGUAUCUGUAGGCUGAAUGAUGGAUUCUCUACGUUCAUCUAAGAUCUCCGGUUCGAUAAUUAAAAAUGGUAUCUGUA